AUGACCCAAAACUCACCGGGCAACUCAUCUGAAUCUGAAUCCAACGACUCCAACCAACCAGAACCUCCAACCAGCAGCCUCUACGACUUUGUUUCCAGUCUCAUCUCGCCUGCUGCAAACGUUUCUGGUGAUCCAGACUCUCGAACCUUCUCGUUCGAUUCCAACCAACACGACGCCGAAACCAACAUGGCUGAACCUGCAUUUCCUACUCUCAAGCAGCCCCGUGUCGGAGGACUCAAUGCGACUGGAGCUUGGACUGGACAUGGAGUCGGCGGCGAAGGAACUUCUCCCAUGAGCACCCAGUGCAUGAGAGACUUCAAGACGAAUGUAAUCAAGAACCAUCAGGCUCUCUCUCCCAUCGAACUGAAGUGCAAAGAGGGACUGAGUGGCUCACCCGACCUUCUGUUUAAUCUCCCUGGCGAACCAAACGCAGAUAAGGUAGUGCCAUCGCUUAUUGCUCUAAGCGAGUUCAUGAUCUCAGUUGGGAUGGAAAGCGUCUUUAGAAUCAUUCAGACCGAUGGCACUCAGUUGGACAUGCUUCUCCAACCUGGUAUGGUUUCCAGCGACAUUGAGCGAACCUGGCAUAAGGAUCUAACGGUCAAUGGAGUUAUCAAAGUUGAUGAUCAGGGCCGUCCUGUCAUGGCCAACGGUGCUGUCGAUCGUUUUGCUCAGUGCUCAUAUGAUGCCCAGAACCUGCAUUGGCCGGGUGAAGCCGUGCUCAACUCUUGUUCGCCAACACUCAUGCAGGACCUUAAGCAAGUCAUCCCAAAGCUCGCUGAUCGAACUGGUCCCCAUGUCCUAUUUACCAUUCUGAAGAAGAUUUACCGCCCAUCCAGCUCCAAGAUCAAGAGUCUUGUCAACAAGCUAGAGGCACUCAAGUUGACCAUGAUGCAUCUGCUAUCGUCCGGGAAAUUCAGAUGA